UUGUUUACACACCGUGGACGCGGUAGAAAGAACUGUGGAUGAUGGAAGAGUUAGUUAAGUGGUAGAAAACUUACGUGUUUACGUGUAACCAAAUCUUGAUUUCGUAUUUUUAAAAGAACACCAAAAUUAUGUUCUGAAAUGUGCCUGCGUGUUUACUAUCAAGACUGGAUGCUGAAAAACCUAACAUGGAAAUAGUUCAUAUGCUAUAGUUUGGGGGACAUUUCUUUUUGCCGGUAAUCAUUCGAAAGGCGCGUUGUUUCAACCACAACAGUCUUCGAAGUGAGGUUAUAUUCAUCAUUCUGGUUUGGUAACAUAUAUUAAUACGGAAUACAUGGACAGGAGCCAGGAGAUGAAAAAUGCAAAUUUAUUAUCUCAGAGAGUUUUCUAUAUAUGCGACCUUCAGCUUUUUAAAGAGAGUGAUAAAAUCCCCAACAUUCGUGGAAGGGCCAAGCUGGUACAUAAUCUCAUUAGAGCCUAUGACUUAGUGUCACACAUGCAACUCAUACCUCAUAGACCUGCUUCUGAGGACAGUUUACUAUCCUUCCAUUCAAGGAACUAUAUAGAGUUCCUGCAGAAGGUUGAUCAAAGCAGUGAUUUGGAAAAGCAUGAAGAUGAUCAACUGGAAUUCGGAUUAGAAUAUGACUGUCCGCUGAUUGAAGGCAUCUACAGAUUUGUUCAGGCAAUAGCAGGAGCUUCACUAACUGCUGCACAAGUCCUUGUAAAUGGAUUGGCAAGAGUAGCUAUCAACUGGAAUGGGGGUUGGCACCAUGCACAGAGAGAUGGGGCUGAGGGAUUCUGCUACAUCAAUGAUGUAGUGCUUGCUAUUCACAAGCUGAGAGAGAAGUUCAGUCGCAUCCUCUACAUUGAUUUUGAUCUUCACCAUGGGAAUGGAGUGGAGAAUGCCUUUGCCUUCACACCACAUGUUCUCACUCUCUCACUGCACAAGCAUGAACCAGGUUUCUAUCCUGGCACUGGGGGCCUGCUGGAUGUGGGCUUGGGCCGGGGUCGGUAUUACUCUGUCAAUGUGCCACUCAAGGAUGGUGUCAGGGAUGACAAUUACUUCACCCUCUUUCACUGCAUAGCCAACAAGGUUUGGUGUACAUUCCGCCCAGAUGCCGUGGUUGUCCAGUGUGGGGCAGACUGCAUCAAUGGAGACCCUGCAUGUGCCUUCAACCUCACACCUCGGGGUAUUGGUCAAUGCGUCGAGAAAGUUUUGGCAUGGAACUUGCCAACUCUGUUUUUAGGUGGAGGGGGCUACAACCUGCCAAAUACAGCUCGUUGCUGGACUUAUCUCACUUCCAUCAUAGUAGGUUUUCAGAUUCCCGCUUCAAUUCCAGACAGCAAUGAAGAUUUUAUGUGCUACAGCCCUGACUUCGAGCUGGACAUCAUACCUGGCAACCGAUCAGAUCAGAAUACUGCUGAGGAUAUGAAGCUGCUUGCGGAAACAGUAUGCCAAAACCUUGAUAAUAUUGCAGAAGGAAAGGAGUAGUUUUAUAACACCUGGACAUCUGCAACCAGCAGGAAGAUUCUUAUGACUUUAUAAACAUUGAAGCCUGACUUACAUUGGAUUAUUGUCACAUAUGGGUUUAAAGCUAAGAUUACUCAUAUUCCUUAGUGUUUACACUUUGAGGACCAUAGCAGGUUGCCAGUCCUGCCAGUAGCUUCAUGACUGUAAGUCCGUGCACCCGAUUGAUUUGAAAACUUCAGUGGAUGGGAUUUUUCAGAGAACAAUUGGUACCAAAUAAUUGGCACUGGUCUAACAGCAAUCUGAAGUUAUGUAUGUAGAUCGUCCCUGGCGGAUCAAUCCUGUCUUCUGAUCUGCCUACACUAUUUACAGAAUGACAAGCUUCCUAUUAGUAUAUUAUUAUUAUAUAUAGGGCAAAAGUAUUAAAGAUGAGCAGCGACACACGCACAGGGAGCCUGCACAG